AAGUGCCCUGACGCAGCAUUACAAGUUGUUUGUAGCCGGUUCAAAAUCAGUGAAUUUUAGAAAAUGUUCCGAAACCAAUACGAUAGCGACGUUACGGUGUGGAGCCCUCAGGGCCGCCUCCACCAAGUGGAAUACGCCAUGGAAGCGGUAAACUUGGGUUCAGCGACAGUUGGUUUAAAAAGUAAAACUCAUGCUGUUCUGAUUGCUUUGAAACGGGCAUCCUCUGAGCUGUCCGCUUACCAGAAAAAGAUUUACAACAUCGACGAUCACAUCGGUAUUACGAUUUCUGGUUUAACCGCAGAUGCGAGAAUAUUAAGUAGGUACAUGAGGACAGAGUGCUUGAAUUACAAAUAUUCCCAUGAUACUUACUUGCCACUGAACAGACUGAUUAGUCAACUGGGUAACAAAAUGCAAGUUUGCACUCAGAGGUAUGAUAGGAGGCCUUAUGGUGUGGGACUUUUGGUAGCUGGAUAUGAUGACAAAGGCACACACAUUUACCAAACUUGCCCAUCAGCCAACUACUAUGACUGCAAAGCCAUGUCAAUUGGAGCAAGAUCACAAAGUGCUAGAACUUAUCUAGAAAAGAAAUUAGAUGAACUACCAAAUGCUAGUUUAGACGAAUUGAUCAAGCAUGGUUUAAGGGCAUUAAGAGACACUUUGCCACCAGAAAUUGACCUCAACACCAAAAACGUUUCAAUUGGUUUUGUUGGAGAAGGCCAGCCAUUCAAAAUUUUGGAUGAGGAAUCUGCCCCAUAUCUAGCAAUGAUUCAAGGUGAAGAAAGAAGAGGUGGCAGUGGUGGUAGUGGACCAGCUGAACCGGCACCACUCAGGGAUGAUGCGGGGGACCAAGAUCCUACACAGAGAGAUCCAACACCAGCAGUAGCGAUGGAGACGGAAUAAACGCGAGCGAUUCCGGGACUGUUUCAAAGCUAUUGUUUGUUGUUACUAAUGUAACCUGCCUUUGGACUUUUUUACAUACUUAUGGGGUAAUGCCGUGGCUGCCUUUUUAAUCGAGGCAGCCACGGCGAAGUAUUCUUAAGGUUUUGUCAAUCCAAUUUAUGUCGUUACUUUAAUAAAUAUUUGCUUAUAUAA